GGGGUCUCACUAUGGUGCCCUGGCUGGUCUGCAAUUCCCGGGCUCAAGAGAUCCUCCCGCCCCGCCUCUCAAAGUGCUGAGAAGGCCCCUUCCAAACUUGAGAUAAGUUGAAAGGUAACCAAAGAAAAAGUUUUCUUUGAAUACCGAGAUAAAUUAGGGAAAUCGCCAGAGAAUGUGGUGCUGAGGGAACACUAGUAAAUUACACCACAUAAACCGGAGCGAUGCUGGUUGAAAGGGCAACCGGACGGCUUAAAAGCGGGGCAGGGGAACGCGAAGACCCAGUAGAGGGACUCGGAGGCUCUGGAUGAAAAGUCAGGGAUACGCAGGCUUCGAAACUCGCCCGGCCGCUCCAUCCAGGGCGAAAGUCCAGCGAAGGGCGGCAACAAAUCUCAGGGAGCAACUCCCGACGUCAGAGAGGCAGUACUGGGAGCAGGUUAUGGAAGAAUCCGGAACCAAGGCAGUGGGCGCGGUGAGGCCAUGGGCGCAGAGUCCGACAACCAGCAGCCAUUGCUGGCCUCACCUCGCCCAGAGCGAAAUUAAGGGCGCGCCUCAACAGCUGACUCAGUCUGCGUGUCGCGCCUGCCAUCGUCUCCCGUGCCUCCGCCACGGGAAGUAGUCCCCGGCCGCGCCAACUCCAAAGGAAACCAAGGGAAGGUGCCCCGAGUCAGCGCGUAGGUCCCGGCAGCUGCGAUCGCGCAGCCAAUCCCUAGAAAGGAGGGCGUGGCUAUCUCGGCCCUGUGGAUCCCUCCGCUGGUGCUUGCUGCGCUGAGGCCGAGGAGCCGCCAUUUUGGAUGCUGAACGCUGAUUCUGAAGUCGGUGUCUGCUGUGUUCACGGCAGGAUUCGGUUAGGAGGAACAGCACAGCAUGCUGGGCUCUGGAUUUAAAGCUGAGCGCUUAAGAGUGAAUUUGAGAUUAGUCAUAAAUCGCCUUAAACUGUUGGAGAAAAAAAAAACGGAACUGGCCCAGAAAGCGAGAAAGGAGAUUGCUGACUAUCUGGCUGCUGGGAAAGAUGAACGAGCUCGGAUCCGUGUUGAGCACAUUAUCCGGGAAGACUACCUCGUGGAGGCCAUGGAGAUCCUGGAGCUGUACUGUGACCUGCUGCUGGCUCGGUUUGGCCUUAUUCAGUCUAUGAAGGAACUAGAUUCUGGUCUGGCUGAAUCUGUGUCUACAUUGAUCUGGGCUGCUCCUCGACUCCAGUCAGAAGUGGCUGAGUUGAAAAUAGUUGCUGAUCAGCUCUGUGCCAAGUAUAGCAAGGAAUAUGGCAAGCUAUGUAGGACCAACCAGAUUGGAACUGUGAAUGACAGGCUAAUGCACAAGCUGAGUGUGGAAGCCCCACCCAAAAUCCUGGUGGAGAGAUACCUGAUUGAAAUUGCCAAGAAUUACAAUGUACCCUAUGAACCUGACUCUGUGGUCAUGGCAGAAGCUCCUCCUGGGGUAGAUACCGAUCUUAUUGAUGUUGGAUUCACAGAUGAUGUGAAGAAAGGAGGCCCUGGAAGAGGAGGGGGUGGUGGGUUCAUAGCACCAGUUGGUGGACCUGAUGGAACGGUGCCAAUGCCCAUGCCCAUGCCAUCUGCAAAUACGCCUUUCUCAUAUCCACUGCCAAAGGGACCAUCAGAUUUCAAUGGAUUGCCAAUGGGGACUUUUCAGGCCUUUCCCAAUAUUCAUCCACCUCAGAUACCAGCAACUCCCCCAUCGUACGAAUCUGUCGAUGACGUUAAUGCUGAUAAGAAUAUCUCUUCUGCACAGAUUGUUGGUCCUGGACCCAAGCCAGAAGCCUCUGCAAAGCUUCCUUCCAGACCUGCGGAUAACUAUGACAACUUUGUCCUACCAGAGUUGCCAUCUGUGCCAGACACACUACCAACUGCAUCUGCUGGUGCCAGCACCUCAGCAUCUGAAGACAUUGACUUUGAUGAUCUUUCCCGAAGGUUUGAAGAGCUGAAAAAGAAAACAUAAGUCUCUUAAAACCAGGCAACUUUCACAUUCUGGGAAUUGAGACUGAGCAGUUUCUCCUUGUAACAAAGAAUCUCCAUGAAAUUCCGUUUCAUCUGUUAACUGUCACUGAGCACAACACUCCUCCUCUGGGCUCUCUUCCUGCUCCUCCAGAUUCUGCUGCUUUCCAGUUCUCUGUUGAUCCUGAGACUAACAACUGGAGACUGAGGCCGGAGCAGCUGACUCCUGGCAGCUGUGCUUGUCCGUUUCCUGUCAGAGUGAUCCCAGGUUUCCCCCUGGCCUGUCCCAUGGUCCCUCCACAGGAGCGUGAGAGGAUGAGGAAGUACUGUGGGGAGACCACCAAAGAUGGCUGGACAGUGGGAGAGAGCACGUCAUGAAGCAUCCCAGCCUCGUGUUGAGGUUCCAGACUUAGAAACAAACCUCUCUGUACAGGGAGAUUGUGAGAAUCAAGGCCACAGUGUGUAUUUUCUCACUCUCGAAUGCAAGUGGGAGAGAGAAAGUGACUCAGGACACCAUUGUAACUGUUCCUGGAAGCUGGGCCCUCUCAUUGGCAUAUACACUACUCCUUGCCGCAGGACACUGUCCCACCGGGAUCCAGUUGCAAAGUUUGUCUCCACAGUUGAAGGCCUCGCUUAGUUGUACUGGAUUCUCAGGGAGCCCUCUGUGGCCUUUUUGCUUUGAGUGCUGUGUUUCCCUUGUACCAGAGGGCGGCACUGUGGAAAUUGUUUUCCCCGUAGAAUAUUCUGUUGGAUUGCAUUACUGGCAGAGAAAGGACAAGUUGCCAUUCAAGUCUAGGGUGGGCUUCCAGCUGCCUUAAUAGAAGUACUCAAGUCUUUUGGGUAGUGAGCUGGAAAGUCUACAGGAAAAGAGGGGUACCUGUUUUCAUUUGAAAACUUUGAUUCAUGGAACCUUUAAAACUAAUCUCAGAUAAAUUUUUGGUGCCCAUGUGGCUGUAGUUGUUCACUGCUUUCCUGGAUGGAUGGGACUCUCAUGUUGUAACUUCUGUACUCCUUUGGCCCAUAGCUAAGGUCAUCCUUCCCCACAGGGGUGGCUUUGGGAUUGGAUGAUACAGCUUUUGCUUCUGUGUAGUAUACCUGUACAUACCUGCUUCAGGCAGCCUUUAAUGUUUUCAGUUGGUUUGUAUUCUGUAGCUCAGUAGCUGCUAAUAAAGUUAAAGAUCCUGUG